CCCCCUUCAGCAGGGCGACGGCGUGAAGGGCUGCGGCGUUGCUUCGUCUCUUGUGAAGGGAUUAAGGCGGGUCGAGGAAGAAGGAGGAGAGGAAGGACAGGUGGGCGCCGAGGACACCCUCGCUUGAGUAGCCAUAGAGAAGAAGGGAUAUAGAUAUAUAUAUAUUUAAUAGACACGUGUCGAGCCAUUCCGACGUGACGAGAAGGGCCCCGGCGUUGCCUCUUGAGACGCGUCUGUUCCUGUCUACACGUGUCGAGACGCUUGGACUCGCGUAGGUUGGCCGAACCCGCGUGUCAUCGUUCAUCUGGGCACGUAUUUGUUUAAUCUCCAGACACGUGUCUGUCUAUUUGUUCGUCAGGAGGCGCCGGACACGUGUCUGACCCGCAUUUCAUCUUGCCCAAGGGACACAAUGUCCAGUCAUUGUUUCCAAGGCGUUUGGGACUUCAGCUCCCAGAAUCCCUGGCCAUUGGCCCUGGCAGCAGAGGAUUCUGGGAGUUGGAGUCCUCAGGGCUGGAGACUCACUGGACUUCCUUGACCAGUGCUACUUUCUCUGGACUCUUCGGACACUCAUUCCUUCAUUUGCCUGGACUUCCUGGACAUGUUUCUCCCUUAAGCCCUUUAUUUAUACCUUUUCAAAUUCAGCAGCACUGCUGGUCACAGCUGACCUCCAGUUAGUUGUGAAUUAACUGGAGGCUACGUCAUAGACUCACUGGAGUUCUCAUUCAUUCUUUCUUUCUUUCUUUCCUUCGCCUGGACUCUCCUCACCAGCUGUCAUUUCUCUGGACUCUUUGGACACUCAUUCAUCUUCUGGACUUCUUUGACCAGUGGCCAGUAUUCUGGACUUUUUGGACACUUAUUAUUAAUUCACUGACUCACUGGAGUUCUGCUCAUUCAUUCCUUCUUUCAUUCGCCUGGAUUCCCCUCACCAGUGGUCCUUUCUCCAGACUCUUUGAACAUCGCGUUGUCGAAGGAUUUCAUGGCCAGAAUCACUGGAUUUCUGUGAGAUUUCCAGACUAUGGCCAUGUUCCAGAAGCAUUCUCUCCUGACGUUUCGCCCACAUCUAUGGCAGGCAUCCUGAGAGAUUGGGAGGUCUGUUGGAAACUAGGCAAGUGGGCUUUAUAUAUCUAUGGGAGAAAGAACUCUUCUCUGUUGGUGAACUUUGUCCGUCUGGAUUCGGAAGUCCCACAGUAUCUUUGCGUGCUCAUUUUCCAAGACUUUUGCAGAAGCUGGCGUCACAGACUAGGGCCUCCCUUCUUCUUCUUCGCUGAGACGUUUGUGAGGCCGGGUGCCUCCCACUAAACAGCAUUGCACACAACUCUUUUUGAGAACUGGAGGCCAAGGCGGCCGGCUGGUGCAAACCAGUGCCGCUGCAUUGCUGGCAUUCCUUUCUAGAUGCCGAGGAUGAGUCGAAGGUUUCGGAGGAAGGCCGACUAGAAGCGGACACAAAAAGUUGAGACAACUCCCGAUGCUCGAAGCUGGAGGAGGGAAGAAGACUUUUGUCCCUGUUUUUUCCCCCUGGGAGGAAAGUUAACAUUUAACAGCGUUUCAGAAGACAAAGUUGUCGGCUUACUUGAACACGUGGCUUCGUCUGCGUCCUUGGAAGCUGUGUUAUCGUUUUGAACACAAGUCACAGUUUAGGUUCAGAGCAGACCAGAUUCUGUACUGGAGUUCUCCCCUCCUCUAUGCGGUCCAGUUUGUCUGGGAAAUCUGACUGUGCAGGCCUUGCAAACCAAGGCGAAGGUGCAAAUUGAGGCCAGGCUUUGUCCUUUCAUCAUACAGAACCGUGACAUCCUUGACAUCCUGGCUGACCGAGGGAACAUGGAGCAUGCAGGAAUCCUGCGCGGUGUGGGCGAGGAACCCCUUCCGUCGCUGCAGUGGGGCCGGGAGGGUCCUCAGUGGGGGCCGGUCCAGCUUGCGGGGGGUGCACCAGCUCCCGAUGGUGCAGAGGCUGCUGGAGUCGCUGUCCCAGCUGCAGGAGGAGAAGCGGCAGCUGCAGGAAGAGCUGCUUGCGCUGCAAGAGAAGCUUUCGGAGGAAGAGGGCGGACAGGCCGCGCAGACGGAGAGCCUAAAGGGCCAGCUCCGUGAGCAAGCGCAGGAAAUGAACAGGCUCCAUUCCGUGUUGGGCGGCACAGACCUGGAGAAGCACCGGGACCUCUUGGCUGCAGAGAACCUGCGUCUGAAGCAGGAGGUGAAAAUGUGCGAGGCGCAGCUGCAGGAGCUCCGGAAGCAGCCCCCAAAGUGUGUGGGGUGCGAACACAGCCAGGAGAAUGCAAAGCUGCAGGAGAGGCUGGGGCAACUGACGCGGGACACGGAGGAGCUGAAGGGGCGCCUCUCGGAGCUGGACCUGGAGGUGGAGCAGAAGACCAACCGCCUGGCGGAGGUGGAGUUGCGGCUGAAGGACUCCCUGGCUGAGAAGGCCCAGGAGGAGGAGCGGCUGAGCCGGCGGCUGCGCGACAGCCAGGAGACCAUCGCCAGCCUCAAGGCCCAGCCCCAGCAGGUCAAGUACGUCAUCCGCACCAUGGAAGUGGAGUCCUCCAAGACCAAGCAGGCCCUCUGCGAGACCCAGUCCCGGAACCAGUACCUGCAGGACCAGGUGGGGAUGCAGCGGCAGGUGCUGAAGGAGAUGGAGCAGCAGCUCCAGAACUCACAGAAGGCGGUCGCUCAGCUCCGGCAGCAGGUGAAGAUGUACGAGUCUGAGCUGGAGCGGGCCCACGAACAGAUGCUGGAGGAGAUGCAGAACAUGGAGGAGGACAAGAACCGGGCCAUCGAGGAGGCCUUUUCGCGGGCCCAAGUGGAAAUGAAAGCUGUCCACGAGAACCUGGCCGGGGUGCGGACAAACCUCCUGACGCUCCAGCCGGCGCUCCGGACGCUGACCAGCGACUACAACAGCCUGAAACGGCAGGUCCGGGACUUCCCCGUCCUGCUCCAGGAAGCGCUGCAGAGCGCUAAGGCCGAGAUCGGGCAAGCCAUCGAAGAGGUGAACAGCACGAACCAGGAGCUGCUCAGGAAAUACCGCCGGGAGCUGCAGCUCCGGAAGAAGUGCCACAACGAACUGGUGCGGCUGAAAGGCAACAUCCGAGUGUUUGGCCGUGUCCGGCCCAUCAGCAAGGAGGACGGGGAGGGUCCGGAGGCGGCCAACGCAGUGACCUUUGACCCCGAUGACGAUGCCAUCCUCCACCUCAUGCACAAAGGGAAGGCGGUCUCCUUUGAGCUGGACAAGGUUUUCCCCCCGGAAGCGACACAAGAAGACGUCUUCCGGGAAGUGCAGGCCUUGAUCACGUCUUGCAUCGAUGGCUACAAUAUCUGCAUUUUCGCCUAUGGACAGACAGGUGCCGGCAAGACCUACACCAUGGAGGGAACUCGGGAAAACCCCGGCAUCAACCAGCGGGCGCUGCAGCUCCUCUUCUCCGAAGUGCAGGCCAAGGCCUCGGACUGGGAGUACCACAUCUCUGUUAGCGUGGCUGAGAUCUACAACGAGGCCCUCAGAGACCUGCUUGGGAAGGAGCCUCAGGAGAAGCUGGACAUCAAGCUCUGUCCAGACGGCAGCGGUCAGCUCUACGUCCCCGGCCUGACCGAGUUCCCGGUGCAUUGCGUCGAAGACAUCAACAAAGUCUUUGAGUUUGGGCACCUGAACCGGGCGACGGAGAGCACCCACCUGAACGAGCACAGCUCCCGGUCCCACGCCCUCCUCAUCAUCACUGUGCGUGGCGUGGACUACAGCACCGGCAUACGCACCACAGGGAAGCUGAACCUGGUGGACCUGGCGGGCUCUGAGCGAGUGGGGCGCUCGGGGGCAGAGGGCAGCCGGCUGCGGGAGGCACAGUACAUCAACAAGUCCCUCUCGGCUCUGGGAGAUGUCAUCUCUGCCCUGCGCUCCCGCCAGGGACACGUCCCCUUCCGCAACUCCAAGCUCACCUACCUGCUGCAGGACUCCCUCUCCGGGGACAGCAAGACCCUCAUGAUGGUCCAGGUUUCUCCAGUCGAGAAGAACACGAGUGAGACGCUCUGCUCGCUGAAGUUUGCAGAGAGGGUUCGCUCAGUGGAGCUGGGCCCCGGGUCCCGGAGGACAGAGCUGGGCUCCUGGACCAGCCAGGAACACUUGGAGGCAGAUUCCUCGUCCCCCACCGCGCAGCCCUGCAUCCGCUCCCAGUCUUCCCCGCGGACGGGCCGGUCGAGUUCCCUCCGCGCACGGCUCCACACGUCAGGGAAACUGAGGCCGAUCCCGGUGUGACACCCGGAUGAUCCCGACACACAGCGGAAGAAACUGAGGAAGAAGAAGACGAAGCAUCAGCGCAUGCAUACAGAAGCAUCCUCCUCCUCCUCCUUUGCGGGCAAGGGACAGGGCUGGCCCCAGGAGCACAUGGGACACCCGCGCAUAUUCCGCAUGGGACAAUGUUUUAAUCUGUUACUUUUAAUGUCAGGCGGGGAGGGGGUUCUGCAAACACUUCCCCCCCCUUUGCGCCCUUUCCUUGUCGUUUCAUCGGCGAAUAAAAGCUCUUUACACCGAG